ACCCCCAUCCAUCCUCAUUUGAUCUUUGAGACAAAAGACUCUCUCCUCACCCAUCUCUCCCUCAUCCCUGCGGCCAACACCCUCAAGCAAGAGCCAAGAAAAGUCCCCAUCUUUCUUUCUCCAUUUUUGAAGAAGCUCUAACAAGAAGGAAGCUCUAGGAAAAAGUUUAAGUUCCAAAAGUGUACAAAACUUGAGGAAAGGCUAGGAACUUGAUUUAGAGUAUCUUUGAGUUUCGCCGGAGUUUCGCCAGAGUUGGUCAAAGUUGGCCGGAGUUGGACAAAGAUUGCCAAAUUUCAAUCGGGAAACGUAGAUCGCACUUAAGCUCACUUAAGAUGAAUCGAAGCUGGAUGUACGGUAAACGGAACACAUUGGAAUUUAUGAAUGGGGUAGCUGAGUUUUGCAAAUGUUGUUUAGAAUACAGAGCGUUGACUGGUUAUGAUGAGUUAUAUUGUCCUUGUGUUGAUUGUGCCAACAUAUAUUCAUUCCGGUCAAUAGAGACAAUCAGAGAACAUUUAAUUCGCCGUGGAUUUAGGCAAGAAUACUAUGUAUGGGUGUGGCAUGGCGAGAAAGGAGGGUAUACAGAAGAUCAAACCAAAGUCAAUGAGAUGACCAAUAUCACAAUCGAGAAUCUUUCUGAUGCGGAGGGUGAGAAUAAUGAGGAGACUGAAAGUGAAAGUGAAGGUGAAGGUAACGAUGAAGAUGAUAUUGAAGAUAAUGAUGAGAGUGACAACGUAGAUCAAAUCAAUGAGAUGAUGGGUGAAGUGAAAGAUCACUUUAGUGGACGACCACGUAUAUUUGAAAGUUUGUCACAAGCAGCAGAAAAACCAUUAUAUCACGGGUGUACAAAAUACACAAAGCUAUCUGCCGUGAUAACACUUUAUAAUGUGAAAGCCAAGAACAAUUGGAGCGACACAAGUUUCACAUCCUUACUGGAAGUAUUACAUGACAUGCUUCCUGAUGGAAAUGAAAUGCCAAAGUCAAAUUAUUAUGCGAAGAAGCUCAUGUGCCCGUUGGGUUUAGAGUACAAAAAGUUUGAUGCAUGUCCCAAUGAUUGUGUCUUGUACCGAAAUGAAUAUUGCAUGUUGAACAAAUGUCCACGUUGUGGUAAGUCACGGUACAAGCGCAAUGAUGUCGACUCAAAUAGUGAUAAGAAAGGUCCACCGGCAAAGGUGUUGUGGUAUCUUCCCAUAAUUCCGAGGUUGAAACGCCUAUUUUCGAUAAAGGCAAAUGCAAAAUAUUUGAGAUGGCAUGGAGAGCAGCGAAAGAAAGAUGGGAUGUUGAGACAUCCUGCCGAUUCUCCCCAAUGGAAGACUAUUGAUGAAUCAUUUCCAGAUUUCGGUAAAGAAGUGCGGAAUCUAAGAUUAGCUCUAUGCACUGAUGGAAUGAAUCCAUAUGGGAGCUUUAGUAGUCAACAUACUACAUGGCCGGUUCUUUAGUGGUUAUAUACUACAUGGGCUAUAUUUGUUUCUGACAAUUUCUUGUAAACUCUUGUAUGAAUCAUGUAUGUUAACAAUCUACUCCGUACAUUUUUGUUGCUUCAGAUGUUAUUGACAUUGUAAUGUGCUUUUUUGGUGGUCUAAAACUUGUAUUGUAAUGAUUGAGAACUUGGAUGGUUAGAAAUACAG